AUGUCAUUGCUGAUCGUGAUGUGUCAAUCCUCAUUGACUUCGUCUGUUCAGUCUGAUCAAGAGCCUCUUCUCAAAGCCCUCCUCAAAGAAGUCGAGGACUGGCUCGAAAACGUAUGCUCAUGCUCAUCGAUCAAUGACCUCAAUGCAACUUUCUUGAACAUGAUAAACUCCACGACAGAACCCAAUUUUUUGAUGCCCGGACCCUCAGAGAACCGUUCAUUUCUGGGUCUACAUUCAGGCUACUGCUCGAGCAGUUCUGCAUCAGACAUUCAGAACACUUAUUGUCCAAGGUACUCCAAGGCUUUGAUUUGUCAACAUUUAACAGCACAGUUCAAGAGUCAUUCGGUUCUAGAGAUUCGACUAAAUGGCAACCCUGUCGCAUUUGAGCUAUUUUAUGUUCGUGCUAAAACAGGACGACUGCAGCCCAGAUUCGAAUCCAUCUACAAAUGGCUCAAAGGGUUUCCUGCUACGUUGGAUUGGCUUAUGACCAUUCAUUACAUCAUUCCCCUCAAUAAACGGGUCAAACUGAGCCUUCCCUCAUCGAACCCCCCAUCAUCUCCUCUACAACACCUCCAUAGCGGUCCUCAACCAGAUCCCUUCAUCCUCAAGGAGAAAGCUGAUGCACGAGCAGCCAAUGUUGCGCAGGACAAGAAAGAGAAGGAGAUGGAGGAGCAGAAGGAGAUCAACAGGCAGAGGGAAGUCAAGAGGCAGCUCGAGAUUGAAAGGCAGAAGCAGCUCGAGAUUGAGAGGCAGAAGCAGCUUGAGAUCAAGAGGCAGAUGGAAGUCGAGAGGCAGAAGCAGCUCGAGAUCGAAAGGCAGCAGGAAGCCGACAGGCAGAGGGAGCUUGAGAUCAAGAGGCAGCAGGACCUUGAGAUUGAAAGGCAGAAGGAAGCCGACAGGCAGAGGGAACUUGAACACCAACACCUCAAAUGGGUACAGAAGGUGUAUUCGGGUGGUCGAGUUAUCGCGGACAACAGCAUGGACGUUGAUAUCGAGCCAGGCAAAGUGACCUCUGGGUCACACGCACCAUCUCCAACCAAGGGCAAGAUGGACACAGUCAAUCACCAAGAUCGUUCUCCUUGUCGCCCACAUGCACCCUUUGUUCCAAACCAUUCAUGUUGUUCAUUGUCUCCUCCUCCCCAUGGAUCAUCAUACCAUGCAUCUCGCAGAGAACUGUCUCCCCCCCGUUGA